GAAAUAUUCUCCCAUACUCAACCCAGCCCUACGUCUCUGUCUUUCACUCCGUAUAUUCUCUCUCUCGCCACUGCAUCCUUCUCACCAGGCCGUACCGUCCAGACAAGGCCUCCCAGCUGGUAAUCUCCUCCCUCUCUUACUCUUUCCGCUCCUCUCUCUCUCUCUUUCUCUCUCUCUCUCUCUCUCUUGCCGCCUCGCAGCGGCCACCUUCGCCACACAACUACCGCCGCACCGAUCACUCAUCCCUCUGCCACACCGCUCGCCACGCAACCAUAUCUCAGUCUCUCCGACGUCGUCCCCCCUCCGUCAGUCUGCCGCGCCUUUGUUAAAUCGGUCCGCCGCACCUCGCCUCGCCGCGCCGGAUAACCCGUGUGACCAGUGGAGGCCACCAGAGCUAGCCGCACAGGCUCAUCUCUAGGCAGCGUCGCCUCGCUCUGAAUCCGGCCGACCACCGCUCCAAGAUUGCGUAAGAUGAAUAUGGAUCAAGAUGUUCUAGUAGAUGGAGACUUCCCCCUCUUCUCCAAACCCUCCAAACGCUCCAAACUGACCCCCAAAACCCCCACCGCCACCCAAAUCCAUGAGGUGAAUACCUCUCAUAUGGAAAAAUCGUCUGACCUUGACCAUGAUACUGCCACCACCGCCACAUUUGCUGAUCUUGGCCUUGCUGAGUGGGCGGUGCAGACCUGCAAAGAGCUAGGAAUGCACAAGCCCACCCCAGUGCAAUCCCACUGUAUACCGAAAAUCUUUGAAGGUCGAGAUGUGCUCGGCCUUGCUCAAACUGGGAGUGGCAAGACUGCUGCUUUUGCUUUACCUAUCCUGCAAGGCCUUGCUGAGAACCCCUUUGGGGUCUUUGCACUGGUGGUGACGCCAACUAGGGAGCUCGCAUACCAAUUGGCGGAGCAGUUUAGGGCGCUUGGGUCGUGCUUGCAUUUGCGUUGUGUAGUGGUGGUUGGAGGAAUGGACAUGUUGAAUCAGGCGCAGAGUUUGAUGGCGAGGCCACAUGUGGUGAUUGCAACUCCAGGGAGGAUCAAAGUGUUGCUGGAAGAGAAUCCUGACAUUCCUCCUGUGUUCUCCAAGACCAGGUUCCUAGUUUUGGAUGAAGCAGAUAGAGUUUUGGAUGUUGGCUUUGAAGAGGAGUUGAGGGUUGUCUUUCAGCGUUUGCCAAAAAAUCGCCAGACUCUAUUGUUCUCUGCAACAAUGACAAGUAACCUGGAAACACUGCUUGAGCUUUCUGCAAAUAAGGCAUACUUCUACGAGGCAUAUGAAGGCUUUAAGACAGUUGACACUCUUAAACAACAAUAUGUUUUUGUUCCAAAAAAUGUGAAGGACGUUUAUCUGAUGCACAUUCUGUCGAAACUGGAAGAUAUGGGUAUUCGGUCAGCCAUCAUAUUUGUCUCCACCUGCAGAAGUUGUCAUCUUUUGAAUUUAUUACUGGAAGAGCUUGAUCAGGAAGCCGCAGCAUUGUAUUCUUUUAAAUCACAAUCUUUAAGGCUUGCUGCCCUACAUCGAUUCAAAUCUGGACAAGCCCCUGUAUUGCUUGCGACUGAUGUUGCCAGUCGUGGUUUGGAUAUUCCCACAGUUGAUCUUGUUAUAAAUUACGAUAUUCCAAGGUAUGCGAGAGAUUAUAUUCAUCGUGUGGGGCGUACUGCAAGAGCAGGCAGAGGAGGGCUGGCUGUGAGCUUUGUUACCCAGAAUGAUGUUGAUCUCCUUCAUGAAAUAGAAGCUACUGUCGGAAAACAGUUGGAAAAGUUCGAGUGUAAAGAGAAUGAGGUGCUGUCUGAUAUUACAAAGGUUUUUAACGCCAGACGUGUGGCAGCGAUGAAGAUGAUGGAUGAUGGCUUUGAGGAGAAAGCAAAAGAACGUAAGAAACAGAAAUUGAACACUCUAGCAGAUAAAGGAUUAUUGAAGAAAAGGAGUAAAAAGAAAAGAAAAAAGGUGAUAAAAUCUGCUAAAUAGGUCCAUAAUAUAGCGUUCUAUUGGUUUCAAAUCUUUGCGUUCUUGCAUUAUUAGUUACUGAUCAAUAACUAUAUAUCAUUUAAGUUAAAUUACCGGAUAAAAAAUGUAUGUAAUUUAGUUACCAAUUAUUAUUUAAAAUUAGUAGAAUUUUUGUUUUCAUAAUGUAUGUAUUUUUAAUUAGUUUUAUCAGCUUGCAUAUUGUGUAAUUCUAUAAUAUAAUGAUUCUUAUAUUUUAUUGAAAAUAGAAAUUACGAAAAAUGAGAGAGAACAUAGAAACAUUA